AUGAGUGUAACCGUCGUGUUAGGCAGUCAGUGGGGAGAUGAGGGGAAAGGAAAACUGGUCGACAUCCUUGCUGCUGAUAUUGAUGUGUGCGCAAGAUGCGCUGGAGGCAACAAUGCUGGACAUACCAUCAUCGUUCCUAUCGAUGGCGUUUUGAAAACCUUUGCUUUCCAUCUAUUACCCAGCGGGCUCGUGAACCCUCGCUGUACCGGCUUGAUUGGGUCUGGGCUCGUCGUCCACGUUCCAUCUUUCUUUGCUGAGCUUGACGCUCUGGAAGCGCAGGGGCUGGAUUGCUCCAACCGUCUCUUUAUAUCCGAUCGCGCUCAUCUGGUGUUCGAUUUCCAUCAGAUUGUCGAUGGGCUGAAGGAGGUAGAGCUUGGGGGCAAGAGCAUUGGCACCACGAAGCGAGGUAUCGGUCCAGCUUACUCCGGCAAAGCUUCACGGUCAGGAUUACGCGUUCACCACCUCUUCGACCACGAGACCUUUGCCGAGAAAUUCCGAAAGCUCGUAGAAGGCCGGUAUAAGCGCUACGGCCACUUUGAGUACGAUACAGAAGGAGAGAUUGAACGAUACAAGAAACUCGCAGAACGACUGCGGCCAUAUGUCGUAGAUAGUGUCGCCUACAUCCACAAAGCCAUCACAUCUGGGAAAAAGGUUCUUGUGGAAGGAGCCAACGCUUUGAUGCUCGACCUUGACUUCGGAACCUACCCUUACGUCACCUCUUCGUCAACUACGAUUGGCGGUGUCUGCACCGGUCUCGGUAUACCCCCCAAGAUGAUUGGGCGCACCAUUGGCGUUGUCAAAGCUUACACCACACGUGUCGGUGGAGGGCCAUUCCCCGCCGAACAGCUCAACGACAUUGGCGUUCACCUACAAGAGGUAGGCAGGGAAUAUGGUACUACGACCGGCAGGCGAAGACGCUGUGGUUGGCUCGACCUCGUCGUGCUCCGCCACUCAAGCAUGAUAAACGGCUACGACAGUCUCAACUUGACGAAACUUGAUGUCCUCGAUCAGCUUCCUGAAAUUAAGGUUGCGACGCGGUACCUGGUGGAUGGAAAGGAACUGGAAGGAUUCCCAGCCGACCUGGAAUUGCUUGCGAACGUGGAUGUAGAGUACGUUACCCUGCCUGGGUGGCAGAGCUCGAUCGAGAACAUUACAACUUACGACGACCUGCCGGAGAACUGCAAGGGAUACAUUAAAUUCAUAGAAGAUUCGUUAAACGUCCCUAUAGAGUGGAUUGGUGUUGGACCCGCGAGGAAGAGUAUGGUGAGGAAGGAACUCAAGCAAUAAUGAAAAGGCAGUUUAAUAGAAGCCUCGUCUAUCAAAUAUAUUGUAAAUUAUCUCGGUACAGUUAUGCAGUAUCUAUACAUGUAUCUUGGGAGCACACCAAAGCGUUUGAAAGAAGAGGAAUAUCCGGUACUUGUGUACCCAAUU